AUGGUCUAUACUUCCAAGCAUCCCAACGCAGACAUUCCUACCAAUCCCAGUCUCUAUCAUUUCUUAUUUUUGGAUAAUCCAAAAAAAAUCUCGGAUGACAAGCUCUGUUAUUUGGAUACUGAGGAUCCUAAAACGUCUUAUAACUAUGGUCAGAUGAAGUCCCAAAUUCUAAAAGCUGCUGCAGGUCUCAAGCGUGAGUUUGGUUUUAACAAGGGAGAUAUCGUCGCCAUCUGCUCUCCUAAUGAUGUGGACUAUCCUGUGAUCCUUCACGGUGCUGUUGUUGCAGGUGGUGCUUGCGCAACCAUCGACCAUGAAGCCGACGUCAAGCUCAUCGCUCAUGAUUUAAAUGUGGUUCAAGCAAAAGUAGUGGUCACACACAAGGAUAACUAUGCCAAGGUGCUUGAAGCGUGUGCGUGUGCUCAUCUCCCCAAAACCAACGUGGUUGUCUUUGGUGAUGCUGCUGUGGGCGGUCUACGUACUGUGCAUGACACCCUCUUAAGCAAACAAGAACUCGCUGAGCCUAUGACCUUCACGGCUGACCAGCUGGCCAAUGAUCCUGCUUUUCUGUACUUUACUUCAGGGACGACAGGCGACAAGAAAGCCGUCAUCAUCACGCAACGUAUCGUCAUGGCUAACUUGGCUAUCAAAAAAGAGUGGCCUUUUGACGACAUCAACAUCCUUGCUUACACUGAAUUUCAUCACGCCAGUUCUUUGUUGACAGCCAUGAACUUUGCCUUUCAGAACGGCGCUACCGUUUAUGUCAUGCCUCACUAUACCCUUCGUCGCUUCUGUGAAGCAUUGGAAAAGUACAGCAUCCAUCUCACCAACACCCAACCUUACAUUAUUGCUGCUUUGACAAAGGAAAAGGUAGCUGAGGAAUAUGACCUCUCCUCUCUCAGUUACGCUAUCUGCUGCGGUGCUGCUCUUGAUCAUUCCGUUACGCUGGCUGCAAAAGAAAAGAUCGGUCUUCGCGUGUUUGAUAUUUACGGUAUGACGGAAGUGCUCUGUAUUUUUGAAGCAGACGCUGAUCUAACCGAAAAGCACAGCAUCGGUGAGAUUGCUCCUCAUUUUCAAGUCAAAUUGGUGGAUGAGGAGGGUAAGGAAGUGCCGACCGGUGAAAUGGGUGAGCUAUGCGUCAAGGGCCCUACCGUGACAAAGGGCUAUUACAGAAACCCUGAAGCGACUGCCAAGUCGAUUGACAAGGAGGGCUGGUUCCAUACGGGUGAUCUCGUCAAGUGUGAUGAAAAUGGCUAUUUCUAUUAUGUGGAUCGUGCCAAGGAUAUGAUCAAGUAUUACCUUGUUCAAAUCUUCCCCAGUGAUAUUGAAAGCGUCCUGAUCACUCAUCCCAAAGUGGCGGACUGUGCUGUCAUUGGUCUCUAUCAAAAGGAGCUGACGACCGAAUAUGUUACUGCUUAUGUUACGUUGGUGGAAGGCGAGAAGCCUUCAAAGGAGCUUGAACAAGAACUAAGAGCCUAUUGCGAUUCCCGUCUCGACGAUGACAAGCAUAUUCGCGGCGGCGUUCAUAUUAUUCCAGAGUUCCCUCGUACGCCUUCAGGAAAAAUUCAGCGACGUAUCCUCAAGGAAAAAGCCCUCAAGGGGGAACUGUCAUUGUAA